UUUUGAAUACAGACUCUUCCUCUUCCUCUUCUUCUUCCUUCUUCCCUUCCACCAUUAUCUGCUCCUCCUCUUUCUCCUCCCCUUUCAAAGCUAACUGCUCAUUGGAACUCCAAACCCCGAGGCAAGAGGAGAAACAAGGGGGAAGGCCAGAGGCAGGGAAAGAGAGGAGAACGAAGGAGGGCGCCCCAACCAUCUGCACAGGCAAGAGGAGGAGAGACAGGCGGGUUCGACGUGGACUGAGCAGGGGGACUUGGCUGUGCCUGGCCAGGUUAGCGACUGCCAGGGUAGAGCUCGGUGAAACCUAGAGUCAGUGAGCACGAAGCGGAAGAGAAGGCGCCCAGAAGGACCUGGGCGAGGAUGGACGCGGAUUAUCCUGCCUUUGAGAAGCCUCUCUGCAGAGAGCUCAAGCACUUCUGCAAAAGGCUAGGUGAGGCAUACCAAGAGCUGAAGGAAGACCUCACCCCUUACAAAGAUGAUCGCUACUACAGGUUGGCACCCAUGCGAUUGUACACCCUGUCCAAGCGCCACUUCGUCCUGGUCUUUGUUGUGUUCUUCAUUUGUUUUGGCUUGACUGUCUUCAUUGGAAUUGCAGGUCCCCAAGCAAUCCAGUCUACUUCAGAAGACCACCAGGUGAACAGCAGUAGCUUAAAGCUAAAGCCAUUUCUUCUCAAUUCAGGACCACUUUCUACUUACAAUCAGCAGUUAUGGCUGACAUGUGUUAUUCAGCUGGAUCAGUCAGAUGACACUACAAUCCAGACAAGCUUUUCUAUGACUGUGAAAGUAGAUGGUGUGACCCAAGGUGCAAGCAAGACAUUUGUACAUAACAAAGUUCACAAUCGGACGAGGACCCUCAGCUGUGCAGGGAAAUGUGCUGAAAUCAUUGUGGCUCACCUUGGGUAUUUGAAUUACACUCAGUAUACUGUCGUCGUGGGAUUCGAGGACAUGAAAGCUCUGAAGAUCCCCAUCAAAGAUGUGAACUUCACAUGGAGGACUUACAAUCCAUCUUUUUCACAAGUGGAAAUUUGGUUCCGAUUUGUCUUUGUGGUGUUUACAUUCAUGGUCACUUGCCUGUUUGCACAUUCCCUCCGGAAAUUCUCCAUGAGAGACUGGGGAAUUGAACAAAAAUGGAUGUCCAUAUUGUUGCCCCUGCUACUGCUCUAUAAUGAUCCAUUCUUCCCCCUUUCCUUCCUGGUAAACAGUUGGUUUCCUGGCACGCUGGAUGACCUCUUCCAGUCUGUGUUCCUCUGUGCGUUGUUACUCUUCUGGCUCUGUGUAUAUCAUGGGAUCCGGGUACAGGGAGAAAGAAAAUGUUUAACAUUCUAUUUUCCCAAAUUCUUUAUUGUUGGACUGCUAUGGUUGGCGUCUGUCACAUUAGGAAUAUGGCAAACGGUAAAUGAAUUACAUGACCCAAUGUAUCAGUAUAGAGUCGACACAGGCAAUUUUCAGGGGAUGAAGGUUUUUUUCCUGGUGGUAGCUGGCAUGUAUAUUUUGUAUCUUUUGUUCUUGAUUGUGAGGGCAUGCUCAGAACUUCGCCAUAUGCCUUAUGUUGAUCUCAGGUUAAAAUUCUUGACUGCAUUGACUUUCGUAGUACUUGUCAUUAGCAUUGUUAUACUUUAUCUAAGGUUUGGAUCACAAGUGUUACAGGACAAUUUUGUUGCCGAACUGUCAAAUCGCUACCAGAAUUCAGCAGAAUUCUUAUCUUUCUAUGGUCUCCUGAACUUUUAUCUCUACACUUUAGCCUUUGUGUAUUCACCAUCUAAGAAUGCGCUCUAUGAGUCUCAGUUGAAAGAUAAUCCGGCCUUUUCCAUGCUUAAUGACUCUGAUGAUGAUGUGAUUUAUGGGAGUGACUACGAAGAAAUGCCCCUGCAGAAUGGCCAGGCCAUUAGAGCCAAGUACAAAGAAGAGUCUGACAGCGAUUGAUGGAGCUCCAGCAGAGACCAGCUUGGCUGACUAGAGAAGGUGUUGGACAGUUUUCCUCAGUGCUUCAACUCUCCAGCCAUCUCAAGCCAUCUGCUUGAAGCUGAAUAUUUCCUCUCAAGAAAGGCAGUGUUCUCUUUACCUCUUUGUGUUUACUGAUUUUUAAAAGACCAACCAGGACCAAAAGAAGAACUUCAAUGUUGGGCAAAGGCAUUAUUACCAGGGUAGGGAGAUGAGAGGGGGAGAGAGGCAAAUGGUGAAGAUUAGCAACCAAAUGCCUCUUAGAAUAGGGAAAAUGGUUUUUAUGUUAGAGUAUCAUUUCACUGGAGCUAAAGUAGCUGCUCCUGAACUGAAGGUUUCAAAGUCCUAUGGUGUCCCAGAGCUCCUGAUGCCUCCAAGUCACCCCCAUUUUUAGUCUAAAGAUGUAUGCACUAGUCUUUUGUAGCAUGUUCUCUUUAUUGAUGUAGAGUGGCUCCAUGGAGUGUUGGAGUCAGGACAACCUGAUCUGAGUCUUUCCUUGGGCACUUGCUGGCUGUGUGACCUUGAGGAAAGUCCCCUACCUUCUUAGAGCCCCUGUUAAAUGAGAAUCAUCAUGCAUCUACCUCACGAGGUUGUUGUGAGGCUGGAAGGAGAUGAGGUGUAGACAGUGCUUUGCAAAUGCCGGAUAUGGUGAUAAGUCAUGCAGGCAUAUGGCAGUGUUCUCCUCUCCUCUCCAUAGACGUUGUUCUCUCUUUAACUCCAAGGGAAACUUAGGAACUUAUUGUGACUGCCUCAUGCUGCCAUUGCAGCAUGCUGCUAUUUGGUGGCAAACACCACACCGGGUCACUAAGUAGGGGAAGUUAAGUUAUUCUCCAUUUUAGAAAUAAAGCAUUAAGCUGAAGCUGAGCUGCCACUAUCUGCUGAAGUCCAAACAAUGAAAUACCAAUAGGAGUGUUGUGUACCUCUAAGUACACAAUACAGCCUGGUAGGCUGGUUCCUUCCACCCCCUAAUAUGAAGAAAUAGGCAUUUAUACCAUUGAUAGCUUCAGUGGCAAAGGUACUACUGCUGGGUAGGUUGUCCAGGACGUGUAAGUACAAAUGGUCCCUGCACGUCCUUCCUCCUUCUCGUGUUGAGGUUGGGGUAGGGGAUGGAAAGUGUGAUGAGUCCAGAGCUCCAUUACACAAAUGAAACAAUUACUAGACUAGAAUGCUGAAAAGUUUUUUUCAUUUAUAUAUUGAAAAACCAAUAAAAUCAAACAAUUUUCCUAUUAGUUUUGAAACAAAGUUUGUUGAGAAAACCAAUUUUGGGGAAAAUCCUUCUCUCAAGAAACCCAAUUGGAGCUUUGUAUAAACAAAAUAAAUCACUGUUAGGGGUCACAGUUUUGAAAUUCCAGUGCUAUGUAACACAGUGUGGAAGGCACCUGAGUUUUCAACUCCCCUUUUCCUAGACAACUAAUUUAAAAGCAGAGUACAGGUGUACCAGGUGUACCUUUUGCACCUUUUGCAUUUCUUUUUGCAUCUUCCUUUCUGGCACUAAUCUUUGACCUGGUAUGCACUGUAGAAAGCCCUGCAGAUGAUAUCCUGGAGAACAGGCAUAGAUAAGAGUAUGAUGUGUGAUGCAUGCUUAGUAGCCCAGUACCCUUCUUCCUAUGCGUACCCAAGUUCACAUGUCUGUUGUGUGCUAUUAGAAUUAUGCUCUCUUCCCUGCAGUGCUUAGACCUCAAAUGUCCAUGGGAAUGUUCUUCAUAGUGAUACACUAAAAUUAUCUUUCUUCCUAAGUUAGCCUUUAGUGAUGUGAUGGUACCAUUAAUUACCUUUGUUGCUUAAUAUGGAUUUCCACUUAGAUUUCUGUAGUUUUUAAAGUCAUUUAAAAAAAUCAAUGUUUGAAUUAAAAUUACUGCAAGAUCACAAAGAUGAUUCGAGGUUUACAUAGUUUUUAUAUCUGUAAUGUCAGUUACUUGGUAUUUUAUUCUGUGUAGUCAGUGAUAUUAGAAUAAUUUUUAAAAUAGAAUUUUAAUAUAUCUUCCAUCAGGCCUACUUUAAAAAUAAUUUUAGGUAAGAUAAAAAUGGCUUGUGCCAGUUACUAGAUUCCAGAAUGUGUUUCGCUAGUUUUGUUAUAAAUGAUGGUCAUCUGUGAUUUGGAGUGCCCUUGUUGUUUCUUCAUCCGUGUAAAUAGUGGGGUGGGGGGAUUUUAAAAUCCAUAUUUAGAUCCCUGUUUUGAAAAGAUCAUUUUUUACUUGCAAGAUGAAAUUCAACUAUUGACUGACAUCUUUUUAAUUUUAUUCUUCAGGCAUCAAAAUCAUUGAACUAAAAAACAUGAGAGCGUGAAUAUAUACUUAAAAUGUUUUUUUCAUAUUUCAGCUGUUUACAAAAGAAUGCUGUGUACCUAAUGUGUACUUUGUUUUAAUUUUUUUUCCAUAGUCCAGCUGUUUAUAAGAGAGUCCUACUUAAGGGGAAAAUACUCCUUUUAUUAAACCAGGCACUUUCCAUUUCAUUAUUUGGAGUAAGAUGUUUAUAUUCAAAAGAGUUAUGUUAUCCAGUCAUGUAAAAAUUUGCUAACAAUCCAGCAUUUAACACAUAGAAUAUUUACCACAUAGUAAUUAAGCUGGACAAUACAUUUUGCUGGGAACCAUUAGUAGGAAGCACAUUCCUGAUUUUUUUCAUAGGGUUGGGGGCAUGAAUCCAAAUGUUGCAAAUACAUGUCACAAAGCCAAAGAACUGGCUCUUGUUCUUCCUUAGUAACAGCCUGGAUGGAGACUUUCUGGGAAAGUUGGAGAGAAUUUUGCACUUUGGGCCAGUGUAAGGGUAUAUGCUAGAAGAUGGCCAUCAGCAUCUCAAAGUUUGGUUUUCAUGAGGGGUAGAGGAUAAAUUUAGCUUUCACUUAAUAUACACAUUUAUUUUUUAAUCACAGCAAUAAAGAACUUCUCCUUCCUGGUUUAAUCAUCUUUCUCCCAAUAAUGGAACUGGUAGCAUAAUAAAUCACGUAUUCAAGAAAGGCUGGAGUACUGCCACAUUUGCAGCUGUUUACUUGAUUAUGUGAGACUAUAGCAUUUUUGCCAGUUGUAAUCCAUUGUAGGGACUAUGUCAUUGGCCCCAAAUGUGUUUAGAAUUAUAGUAUAUCAAUCUGAAGAGACUUUACCUCCAACACCCUCUUUUUCCUAUCCCCCAUCAGUUUGGCUUGUAAUGCAACAUGUUAAAACAUUGUAAAUUUUUUACUUUGAAAAAUCAGUUUAGUGGUUCAGCCUGAUAUUUGGACUAACACUGUUUUCUAAAGUGUGCAAAGCAAACUUACAAGUACUGCCUGGGGAAUUUUUUUUUCCAACUUUUCUUAUCCAGGGAAGCUAAUAGAAGCUAUCACUUUUGCUUAUGUGUAAAUCUGUAGCUUUUCCUAAAGAAGGGAAGUUCUGAAAUCGACCUUUUAAGUUAGAUUUCUAAAAGAUAAGAAUCUUCUAAUAAUUUCUUCUCUAGGUCAAAGGGAAUUUAUUUUAUGCAGUGCCAUCUUUUUACUCUUGUUUGAUCUUGAUUCUAGGUGUAUGUAGUGCUGUGAAAUACAGAAGCGACUUGUAUUACUACAAACUGACUUUUUAAAUAAAAUUGUAAUAUUUAUAAAAUAAAAUUGUAUUUAAACUUGUAUACCAAAAGGAAGGAUUGUAUGAGUGAUAAAUUAAUGAACUGUUAUUACAACACAACUUUUGAGGAGGGUUGUUAUAGUCAAGAAGUGGUGUUAUGUCAAAUCAGACAAAUAGUUAUUUGCUUUUAGCAAAUCUCAUUGAUUUUGGGGGUGCAUCCUAAGAUCAUAAAUAAAUGUUUAUACAUUUUGCCAUCAAAUUUGCAUCUAAA